UCACAGACUGGCAGGAAAGAGAAAGGUGACCCACUAAACUCAGCCAUCGAUAAGAUGACCAAAAAGACCAGGGACCUGCGCAGACAGUUGAGAAAGGCAGUGAUGGACCACAUCUCCGACUCUUUCCUGGAGACCAACGUCCCUCUGCUGGUGCUCAUCGAAGCGGCUAAGAGUGGAAACGAGAAGGAAGUGAAGGAGUAUGCCCAGGUGUUCCGCGAACAUGCUAACAAGCUGGUGGAGGUCGCUAACCUGGCUUGCUCCAUCUCCAACAAUGAAGAGGGUGUGAAGUUGGUUCGAAUGGCAGCGACCCAAAUCGACAGCUUAUGUCCACAGGUGAUCAACGCCGCUCUCACACUGGCUGCCCGCCCCCAAAGCAAAGUAGCCCAGGACAACAUGGACGUUUUCAAGGAUCAGUGGGAGAAGCAGGUGCGCAUCCUCACCGAGGCUGUGGAUGACAUCACUUCUGUGGAUGACUUCCUUUCUGUGUCAGAGAACCACAUCCUUGAGGAUGUCAACAAAUGCGUAAUUGCUCUGCAAGAGGGAGAUGUGGACACUCUUGACCGAACCGCUGGAGCCAUCCGUGGCCGAGCCGCCCGUGUGGUCCACAUCAUUAAUGCCGAGAUGGAAAACUACGAACCUGGGGUCUACACUGAGCGUGUGCUGGAGUCCAUCAAACUGCUGUCCGAGACUGUCAUGCCCCGUUUUGCUGAACAAGUGGAGGUUGCUAUCGAGGCACUGAGUACAAACCCCCCGCAGGCCUUUGAGGAGAACGAGUUCAUCGAUGCCUCCCGUUUGGUCUAUGAUGGCGUCCGUGACAUCCGGAAAGCCGUCCUCAUGAUCAGGACACCAGAGGAGCUGGAGGACGACUCUGACUUUGAGCAGGAGGACUAUGACACUCGCAGCAGGACUAGUGUCCAGACUGAAGAUGAUCAGCUUAUUGCCGGACAGAGUGCUCGGGCCAUCAUGGCACAGCUCCCCCAGGAGGAAAAGGCCAAGAUUGCUGAGCAGGUGGAGAGCUUCAGACAGGAGAAGUGCAAGUUGGAUGCAGAAGUGGCAAAGUGGGAUGACAAUGGCAAUGACAUCAUCGUGCUCGCCAAGCAGAUGUGCAUGAUCAUGAUGGAGAUGACGGACUUCACCAGAGGCAAAGGCCCCUUGAAGAACUCCUCAGAUGUGAUCAACGCGGCUAAGAAGAUUGCCGAGGCUGGCUCGAGGAUGGACAAAUUGGCCCGUGCUGUCGCAGAUCAGUGCCCUGAUUCAGCCUGUAAGCAGGACCUGCUGGCCUACCUGCAGAGAAUUGCCCUGUACUGUCAUCAGCUGAACAUCUGCAGCAAGGUGAAAGCUGAGGUUCAGAAUCUGGGCGGAGAGCUCAUCGUGUCUGGGCUGGAUAGUGCCACCUCCCUGAUCCAAGCAGCCAAGAACCUAAUGAACGCAGUGGUGCUGACUGUAAAGGCAUCUUACGUAGCCUCCACCAAGUACCAGAAGGUGUAUGGAACAGCGGCUGUCAACUCACCUGUGGUGUCUUGGCGCAUGAAGGCCCCCGAGAAGAAGCCGCUGGUAAAAAGGGAGAAACCCGAGGAGUGCCAGACACGCGUGCGACGAGGCUCCCAGAAAAAACACAUCUCCCCUGUCCAGGCCCUCAGCGAAUUCAAGGCCAUGGACUCCUUCUAAGAGAGGGAGAGCAAAAAAAAAAGAAGUCAUGCUUACACAAGUAAACACCAAAACAUGACGCUGACAAGUUGAAGAAAAAAGUCCUGUUUUACAUUGUGUUAACCCACCUCUGUUUGCCCUGUGUGUGCUUGGUGACAGCUCAGGAGGACUACAGUACAUAUUCAACUGCCACACUGAGGCUCCUUUGAACACUGUGGGCCUCGUGGUUCACAGACAGCCGGCGCACACACACCCAACACUAUUUAUCAAUCUUAUUGUAGCUUAACAUGUGAAAGCCAAAAUGUGACACAAACACAAGUACGUUUGAAAACAUGGGAGUAAAAAAAAAAAAAAAAUGAAGCAUAUCUGAAGAGGAAGAGGGGCAUUUUAAACAACUGUGGCGGUUGAUAUCCUGCUUGUAUACACAUUUAAACUGUCUGAAUGGAAAUCAUGAAUGGUCCAUUAGAGGAGUUAUUCUAAAGGGAAUAUAUCCUUGUCGGUAUGCUCCCUCUUGAUAUUUUUUUCAAUUUGAAUGUAACCUGUAGUAUUAGGAAUAACUUAUGUUAAAGAUACCUGGAAAUGUCGGCAUCCAAGUAGUUUCCUUGUUCCUGAUGAUUAUAAUUAUGAUGCAUAAGGUGUUUUCUCUCCAAAGCACGCUUAUGGUCUAUCAUAUUGCCUUUUUAAAUUCUGUUUAUUUAAUGAUUACAUCACUAACUAUGAUGACCUUGAUUGGAAGUUGUGUAGCGUAUAAAUAUAGACGGAGAGGUUUGACUAGUUGUGGUUUGCUCAGAGAAUAGAAAUCCCUGCAUACAGUACCUUUAUAUUCACCCUUCUCUAAUAAAUCCCUCAACUUGA